AUCACAAAUAACCCCAAAAAGAACCUAAAGAGACACUAAAAAUUACAUAAAACUUUCUCCCUCAUCACCAUUCAGGCAUUCAUCCCCCUCUCUUUGUUCAGAGAGCACAUCACGGAUCAGAAUGACAGAAUUAAGACCUCCCUAUUUCUCUCUCCUCUCUAUAACUAUAACUAACCUCUUCGAUCUCUGCGCUUCGUAGACUUGUUCAUCUUUUAGGACCACCUUCCAAUUUUUUCUCCCAUGAUGCAAUUGAUCCAAUUUUCUAUAUCAUUUCCCUCUUUUCAUUCUUCUUUCUUUUUUGAUCACUUUUUUUUUUCAUGAUUUUAAAUGGGUUUGAUUUUAUAGGAUUUUUUUUGAAGUGGGUAUUUUUUUUUCGUCGGCAAUGUCUGCUUCUCCGGCGAAGUUUCUGUUCAGAUUUCUGUUCGUUUCCAUCAUUUUAUGGGUUAUUUUCAUAUUUGUGGUGAGGCUCGUGGCUUGGGCCUUGAGUCGUGUUGUGGGGGCAUCUGUUGCAUUUCGAGUGGGUGGAUGGAAAUGUUUAAGGGAUGUGGUGGUGAAAUUCAAUAAGGGUCCUGUUGAAUCGGUCUCCAUUGGUGAAAUCAGACUCAGCUUACGUCAGUCCUUGGUCAAACUUGGGGUUGGUUUUCUUUCAAGGGAUCCAAAGCUGCAAGUAUUGAUAAGUGACUUAGAAGUUGUGACGAGGACAACAAAGUCAAACAAAGGGACAACCAAGGGACGGCAGAAGACUAAGUCCCGCAAACCUCGUUCUGCAGGGAGGGGAAAAUGGAUGGUUAUAGCUAACAUUGCCAGAUUCCUAUCUAUCUCUGUGACGGAUUUGGCUUUAAAGACACCCAAGGCUACCUUAGAAAUAAAGGAUCUGAGAGUGGAUAUAUCAAAAAGUGGCAAUGCCAAACCUAGUCUCUUCAUAAAAUUGCUCCUUUCACCUAUUGUUGCUCAAGUGGGAGAACCACGGUUCAGUAAUGAUGAAUCAUCAAGCAAUAUUGACGAGGGAUAUAUGGUUGCAAGUCAGUCAUCCAUUCCAUUGGUGGAUCAACCUUUUUCUUCCUUCAACUGUGAGGAGCUGUCUCUUUCUUGUGAAUUUGGGCACAACAGAGAAUACGGGAUAGUUGUCAAGGAUGUGGAUGUUUCAUGUGGUGAAAUCUCAAUGAAUCUCAAUGAGGAGCUGCUUCAGAAACGUAAAUCUGCUGUCACUUCUGACCAAGCCUCCGUGUCAACUGAUGAUAGCAGGGAUGUGAAGAUCCCACCCACGAAAGAAGCAAGUUCGCCAAUGACCAAACUCUCUACUGUUUUUCCAGAAAAGGCAUCCUUCAGUUUGCCUAAAUUGGGUGUAAGGUUUGAGCAUCGAGGGCAAGAUCUUUCAGUGGAGAAUCAUAUCAAAGGUAUUCAAAUAAAAGGCUCCAAAUCAAGAUCCAGUGAAGACGGUGGGGAGAGUACACGCCUCGACGUUCAAUUGGAUUUCAGUGAAAUUCAUCUUUUCAGAGAUAGUGAUACUUCUAUGUUGGAAAUACUACGGGUCAAUGUUGGUUCUUCUGUCUAUAUCCCUCUACAGCCAGCUUCAGCUGUCAGGGCUGAGAUUGAUGUAAAGCUCGGGGGUACUCAGUGUAACAUGAUAUUGAGUCGAUUGGAACCAUGGAUGCGUAUGCACUUUGCUAAGAAGAAAAAGAUGGUGCUUAAAGAAGAAGUUAUAUCAGUUGAUAAGCCAAAGUCCAAAGAAUCCAAGGCUAUCAUGUGGACUUGUACAGUUUCAGCCCCCGAGAUGACCAUUGUUCUCUACAAUAUGAAUGGUUUGCCUCUGUACCAUGCUUGCUCGCAAUCUUCACAUGUGUUCGCGAAUAAUAUUUCUAACAAGGGAACUGCAGUACAUGCGGAAUUUGGUGAAUUGAAUUUGCAUCUGGCUGAUGAGUAUCAAGAGUGCUUGAAGGAAUGUCUAUUUGGUGUGGAAACUAACUCGGGAUGUUUACUGCAUGUAGCAAAAGUUAGUCUUGACUGGGGCAAAAAAGAUGUUGAUAAACUUCCAGAAGGCAGCGCUAAGUCUAUAUUAGCUCUUACUGUUGAUGUGACUGGUAUGGGUAUUUAUUUCACCAUGAGACGCGCUGAAUCUCUGAUAGUAACUUCUCUGUCCUUGUUAGCUCUUUUCAAAAAGAUGUCAGCUGCUGGAAAACAAAAUCAAGUUCGGGGUAAACAUUCAUCAAAGUCAUCAGGGAAAGGGACGCGACUUUUGAAACUUACUCUUGAACGGUGUUCGAUUAAUUUUUGUGCUGAUGUUGGCUUGGAGAACACCAUUGUAGAAGACCCAAAGCGUGCUAAUUAUGGAUCGCAAGGAGGGCGAUUUGUGGUCACUGUUUCAGCUGAUGGCACCAAAAGAACUGCAAAUAUUUUUUCCACGGUUUCAGACGAAUGCAAAAAGUUGAAGUAUUCCGUAUCACUUGAGAUCUUACAUCUCAGUGUGUGUUUCAACAAGGACAAACAGUCUGCCCAGAUGGAACUUGAAAGAGCUAGGUCAAUUUACCAGGAGCAUCCAGAUGAUCAUAAUCUUGGGUCUAAAGUAUUACUGCUUGAUAUGCAAAAUGCGAAAUUUGUUCGACGAUCUGGGGGUCUUAAAGAGAUAGCUGUCUGCUCUCUUUUCAGUGCUACUGACAUUGCAGUUCGAUGGGAGCCAGAUAUGCAUAUAUCACUUUUUGAGCUUAUGUUAUACUUAAAAUUGCUAGUACAUAACCAAAAGCUUAAGGAAGCCAUGGAUGAUGACUCGGGCAUUCCCCCUGUUAUGACUCAACCUGAACAAGGGAAGGAAGUCCGUGCAGAAUCUGGGCAUGCAGAAAAACAACCUAAGAAGAAGGAAUCUGUAUUUGCCGUUGAUAUUGAAAUGCUCAGUAUAUCAGCUGAGGCCGGAGAUGGAGUUGAAGCAAUGGUAAAAGUUCAGUCAAUAUUUUCUGAGAAUGCCCGCAUUGGAGUGCUCCUUGAAGGGCUAAUGCUCAGUUUUAAUAGUUGUAGAAUCUUCAGAAGUAGUCGGAUGCAGAUCUCUCGCAUUCCUAAGACAUCAAAUGGCCCUGAUGCAACCUUAACCACAACUUGGGAUUGGGUUAUUCAAGGCCUUGAUGUACACAUUUGUUUGCCAUACAGGUUGGAGUUACGUGCCAUUGAUGAUUCUGUGGAGGAUCAGUUGCGGGCACUGAAGCUUAUAAUGGCUGCCAAAAAGAAACUCAUUUUUCCAUUUAAGAAUCAGAGCUCUAAACCUAAGAAAUCUGGUUCUUCAAAACUUGGAAGUGUGAAGUUUUGCAUACGCAAGUUGACGGCUGAUAUCGAAGAGGAGCCUUUGCAGGGCUGGCUUGACGAGCAUUACCAGCUCCUGAAGAACGAGGCCCGUGAAUUAGCUGUUCGAUUACAAUUUCUAGAAGAACUUGUCUCAAAUGGUGAGGAUUGUACUGCUGCUGAUACUAGUGAUUCCACUACAAUAAAAAGGUUAAACUAUGAUGGAAUUGAUUUAGAUUUGCAAGAUCCUUGUGCCAUACACAAGUUAGAGGAAGACAUCUAUAAGCAGUCAUUCCAGUCAUAUUACAAGGCAUGCCAGAAACUUGUGGUCUCUGAGGGUUCUGGAGCCUGUCGGGAGGGAUUCCAGGCAGGUUUUAGGCCCAGCAAGUCUAGAACCUCUAUUCUUUCCAUUGUUGCCACAGACUUGGAUCUUACCUUGAUACAAAUCGAAGGUGGUGAAGCGGGAAUGAUAGAAGUUGUCAAAAGACUUGACCCUGUUGCGAAAGAGAAUAAUAUACCAUUUUCUAGACUUUAUGGAAGCAAUAUGAUCUUACGGACUGGUACACUUGCUGUUCAGAUAAGAAAUUAUACUUUUCCCAUCUUUUCAGCAACUUCUGGUAAAUGUGAAGGUUGCUUGGUGCUAGCGCAGCAGGCAACUCCAUUCCAGCCUCAAAUGCGCCAAGAUGUGUAUGUUGGGAAUUGGAGAAAAGUUGAUCUGCUUCGUUCAGAAAGUGGAACGACACCACCAAUGAAAACAUAUCUAGAUCUUCCCCUUCACUUUCAGAAUGGGGAAGUUUCAUUUGGAGUAGGUCAUGAGCCUGUUUUUACUGAUAUAAGCUAUGCCUUCACAGUGGCUCUUCGCAGGGCUAAUUUAAGCAUCAGAAAUCCUAAUCCCCCCGCUGCACCACCAAAAAAAGAAAAAAGCUUGCCUUGGUGGGAUGAAGUAAGAAAUUACAUGCAUGGACAUGUGUCUCUAUUCUUUUCUGAAACCCGUUGGAUUGUCCUUGCAACUACUGAUCCUUACGAGAAGCACGACAAGCUUCAAAUGCUGACGAGUAACAUGGAGAUCCAUCAGUCCGAUGGUCGUAUUUAUACCUCUGCUAAGGACUUUAAGAUUUUGACCAGCUGCCUGGAAAAUUUGGCGAAAAGUCGUGGCUUGAAACUUCCUGCUGGUGUAGCUGUUCCUGUUAUUGAAACCCCAACUUUCACUUUGGAAGUUAGUAUGGAUUGGGAGUGUGAUUCUGGAACUCCACUUAAUCAUUAUCUUUUUGCACUGCCUAGUGAAGGGAAACGUCGUGAGAAAGUUUUUGACCCCUUCAGAUCUACAUCUCUUUCUCUGCGGUGGAACUUCUCUUUGAGACCACUUCCUUCUGAGAAAACAUCACAAUCAUCUAGCAUUGAGGACGGUACGACAGCAGGCUCUACUGCUAGUGCCUCAGUCCAUGAUGUGGAAGGUGGUUAUCCGAUCAUAAAACUUGGGGCUCACGAUUUGGCAUGGAUUGUGAAGUUCUGGAAUAUGAAUUACAUUCCUCCGUAUAAACUGCGUACCUUUUCUAGGUGGCCUCGUUUUGGUGUUCCAAGAAUUCCAAGGUCUGGCAAUCUGUCACUAGACAGGGUGAUGACAGAGUUUAUGCUCCGAGUAGAUGCUACACCGACUUGUAUUAAACACAUGCCAUUGGAUAAUGAUGAUCCCGCCAAGGGACUCACUUUCAAGAUGUCAAAGUUAAAAUUUGAAAUGUGUAACAGUCGGGGAAGGCAAAAGUAUACUUUUGAGAGUAAGCGUGAGCCUCUUGAUCUUGUUUAUCAAGGGCUGGACUUGCAUGUGCCCAAAGUAUAUUUGGACCGAGAAGAUUGUACUAGUGUUUCCAAAGUAGUUCAGAUGACCAGGAAAAACUCGCAAUCUGCUUCUAUGGAUAAAGGAGUCAAUGAAAAAAGCAAUCACACAGGUGCUUGUAUGGAAAGGCCUCGUGAUGAUGGUUUUUUGUUGUCAUCUGAUUAUUUUACCAUAAGAAAACAGUCUCCAAAGGCUGAUCCUGCAAGGUUGUUGGCUUGGCAAGAAGCUGGAAGGAAAAAUCUUGAGAUGACAUAUGUGAGGUCUGAGUUUGAGAAUGGAAGUGACAGUGACGAGCAUACACGGUCUGAUCCCAGCGACGAUGAUGGUUAUAAUGUGGUAAUAGCUGACAAUUGUCAGCGGGUCUUUGUAUACGGCCUUAAGCUUCUCUGGAAUAUUGAGAACCGAGAUGCUGUUUGGUCCUGGGUUGGUGGAUUAUCUAAAGCCUUUGCUCCAUCCAAGCCUUCUCCUUCUCGGCAAUAUGCCCAGAGAAAGCUUCUUGAAGAGAAGCAAAUACUUGCUGAGAUGGAUAAGCCACAAGAUCAUGCUGGUGGUGGUGGAAACUCCUCCUCCCCAAAGCAGGAAAAUUCAGCAUCACUUUCUUCUCCAUCCCAUUCUGCUAAAACAGAGAGUGUAUCGGCUAUUUCUAUCGCAAAUAGUGUAAACAUGACUGAUUCAGAGGAGGAAGGGACUCGUCAUUUUAUGGUCAAUGUUAUUGAGCCUCAAUUCAAUCUUCAUUCGGAAGAAGCCAAUGGUAGAUUUCUGCUUGCUGCUGUAAGUGGCCGUGUCUUAGCACGUUCAUUCCAUUCAGUUCUUCAAGUGGGAGUUGAGAUGAUUGAACAAGCACUCGGUUCAGAAAGUAUACAGAUUCCUGAAUCUGGACCUGAAAUGCCAUGGAAACGUAUGGAGUUAUCUGCUAUGUUGGAGCAUGUACAGGCUCAUGUCGCCCCAACUGACGUUGAUCCAGGAGCAGGGCUGCAGUGGCUUCCAAAAAUUCGUAGAAGCUCUCCUAAAGUCAAACGUACUGGUGCUUUACUGGAAAGAGUCUUUAUGCCCUGCGACAUGUAUUUUCGUUAUACUAGGCAUAAAGGUGGGACUCCUGAAUUAAAGGUGAAGCCCCUGAAAGAGCUAAUUUUCAAUUCACAUAAUAUCACAGCAACAAUGACUUCUCGGCAGUUUCAAGUCAUGUUGGACGUGCUAACCAAUCUUCUCUUUGCAAGACCUCCCAAGCCCAGGAAGAGUAGUCUAACAUAUCCUUCUGAAGAUGAUGAUGAUGUUGAAGAAGAGGCAGACGAAGUUGUUCCUGACGGUGUUGAAGAAGUAGAACUUGCUAAAAUCAAGCUUGAACAUAAAGAGCGUGAACAAAAGCUGCUUCUUGACGACAUCAUGAAAUUAUCACUUGGUACUGAUGCUUCUGGAGACCAAGGCCCAGAGAAAGAAGGCGAUUUAUGGAUGAUAUCUGGUGGAAGUUCCACACUGGUUCAAAGGCUGAAGAAUGAACUUGGGAAUGUGCGUAAGUCAAGAAAAGAGGCAUCGGCAUCAUUAAGGAUUGCUUUGCAGAAAGCAGCUGAAUUAAGAUUGAUGGAAAAGGAGAAGAAUAAAAGUCCCUCUUAUGCAAUGCGCAUCUCUGUGCAAAUUAACAAAGUAGUUUGGAGCAUGCUGGUUGAUGGUAAAUCAUUUGCUGAAGCUGAGAUCAAUGAAAUGAUAUAUGACUUUGACAGGGAUUACAAAGAUGUUGGUGUGGCUAGAUUUACGACAAAGUAUUUGGUUGUAAGAAACUGCUUGCCAAAUGCAAAGUCUGACAUGCUCCUAUCUGCUUGGAAUCCUCCCCCCGAGUGGGGUCGAAAAGUUAUGCUUCGAGUAGAUGCCAAGCAAGGGCCUGUCAAGGAUGGAAACUCUUCACUAGAACUUUUCCAGGUAGAGAUUUAUCCCCUAAAAAUACAUUUGACAGAGACAAUGUACAGAACGAUGUGGGAGUAUCUUUUUCCAGAAGAAGAGCAAGAUUCUCAACGGCGUCAGGAGGUUUGGAAGGUUUCAACUACUGCUGGUUUAAAACGUGUGAAAAAGGGUUCUUUGGCACAGGAAGGUUCUGGAUCUACUGUGACCAAGGACUCUGAAAGUUCUUCCAGGACAAGUGCCUCUGGCGUACCCUCGACAUCUGGAAGCAGUCAUGCUGACACCUCCCUGACAUCAAAACAGAACAAAUCAAAUACUGGUACAUCAUCAGAGCUGAGGAGAACAUCUUCUUUCGACAAAUCAUGGGAAGAGAACAUUGCAGAAUCUAUUGCCGACGAACUCGUGCUACAACUUCAUUCUUCAAGCACCUCUCACUCUAAAAGUGGGCCUCUAGCUGCAAGCGAGCAGCAAGAUGAUGCUUCUAAAAGUAAAGCGAAAGAUGCCAAACAGAUCAAAGCAGGCCGUGUAUCUCAUGAAGAAAAGAAAGUAGGGAAGUCAAGUGAAGACAAAAGAUCAAGGCCCCGAAAAUUAAUGGAAUUCCACAAUAUCAAGAUAAGUCAGGUUGAGCUACUUCUCACUUAUGAGGGAUCAAGAUUUGCUGUGAGUGAUUUAAGAUUACUCAUGGAUCAAUUUCACCGUGCUGAAUUUACUGGAACUUGGAGGAGACUCUUUUCAAGAGUAAAGAAACACAUAAUUUGGGGCGUUUUAAAAUCAGUUACUGGAAUGCAGGGGAAAAAGUUCAAAGACAAAGCACAAAGCCACAGGGAAAUUACAGGACCUGGCAUCCUUGAAGAUCUUAACCUCAGUGACAGUGAUGGUGGUCAGACAGGAAAAUCUGAUCAGUUUCCAGUAGCCUUUCCUAAGCGUCCUGCAGAUGGAGCUGGGGAUGGUUUUGUUACCUCUAUAAGGGGCUUAUUUAAUACUCAGCGUCGGAAAGCCAAAAAGUUUGUGCUACGUACCAUGAGGGGUGAUGGUGACAAUGAAUAUAAUGGUGAAUGGAGUGAAAGUGAUGUGGAGUUCUCUCCUUUUGCAAGACAGCUAACGAUAACAAAAGCUAAGAAACUGAUUAGGCGACACACUAAGAAGUUCCGUUCAAGAAAAGGUUCUAUUCAACAAAAAGAUUCACUUCCUUCUUCUCCAAAGGAGACAAUAUAUGAAAGUGAUUCUUCCGGUGAAUCCUCACCUUGUGAAGAGUUCCGGUUGGAGUAUGAAAAACAACCACAAUAAGGAUGUUUAGAAAUUGGGAAGGAGAGGCAAACCGAAGAUAGUUUUUAAGAGGGGAAGUCGAUUGGAGCCUGAAAGAAGCUCCUCCAGAUGCCACUGUUUUUAUUAUGUGGCACUACCCCCCAGCACAUUCAGAUUAGCAAAUCCGCCGGUUCUCACUUCCGACUCAGUUGAAUACAUUGCGUGUUCGGGAUUCAUAUAUCUGGAGCAAUUCGACAUUCCCCGCCCUUGAGUGAGUGCUUCUCGGAAAUCAUUCAUUUCUACUGUUGGACUGUUUCCAUGCAUUCAGCAGCUUCCAAGCCAAGGAAUUUUGUAGGUACAAUUUUGAAGUGUCCUGUAUAAAUAUACAAACGAGAUUGAAUACAUAUCAAGUUGAGGGAAAGAGAAGUGAGAAAGUGUAUAGAAAGAAAAUUUUGCACUACCUUUUCCUUAGAUUAUAUACUUUAGUUUUUAUAUUUUAUUUACAGUGUAAAGUAAAUUAUUUAUGAUGAGAAGCUCUAUUUAGUUUUCA